GCGAAAUUGAAAUACAUUUAGAUACAUAUAUGUAUGUACAUAUCGGAGGCCACUAACACAGGGUCUUGUGUGUACAUAGAGGAUUCUAAGGACCUCCAAAUAAGGAGGCCAACAACAACAGCUACGGUGGAUUAUAUUUUGCCGCCAAGUUUUGGGCAGAAACUCAAUAAUAUUUAAAAUCCCACCAAACGAACCGAAAGAAUCCAAAACAAAGCAAAGCAUUUCAAUUGGAGUCGGAUUCUGAAAGCCAGCAGCCGCCAGCCCACCUGAGCAGUAGCACCAGAUCCGCCCCCGCCCGCAGCACCUAUCCCCCUGGCACCCACGCACGCAAGCGCAGGUCCCCGGGAAACCCCCAGCACCUACAAUAAAAAAAAACGAAACAAAAAACGGAAUAAAUAAAUCGAAAGGAGGAGGACCAAGGAGCUGAGAGAAAUUUAUUUUGCUUUGAUUCGCCUUUUGUUUUAAUCGCACAGCCGAAAAUGUGGAGGAAAGCGAGCAGACUGGUGAGGGAAACCAGAGCGAGGGAAACGCGUCGUCAGGGUCAAACCGAAGCCCCAGCAGCAUCCACAACAACAACAGCAAUCAAAGGAAGGACACAAACUGCAAAAGGAUUACUACUCACAUGGAUGCAGUUAGCAGUUCUCGUCGCUGCGACAGUUCUACUUAACUGUACUGGAUGUCAAGCCGCUGGACGUGCCCCACCGGAACCCUACUACGGCCGCUAUAUUGGAAAUUUUACUAACUUUGCCCAUGGCAUCAAGGGAAAAAUCUACGCGGUGGACGAGUCUACGUUGUUCGUAAAGUCCUUUGCCUAUGAUGGCACCGGUCCGGAUGCCUUCUUCUGGGUGGGCAAGACGCCACGUCCCAGUCCCGAGGGCUACAUUAUACCCUAUCCGGAGGAGUAUUCGGGCAUCGAUCCCCCCAUUCUGCAGGCGCACAACCGAACGGACAUCAUACUGCGUUUACCCAUGGGCAAAAGGAUUAAGGACAUUCGAUGGCUGUCAGUGUGGUGCAGACGCUUCACGGUUGAUUUCGGAGAAGUCUUUAUCCCGCCCAAUCUCGAUGUGCCCAAGCCUCGAGUCCUGCCCGAAUUCAAGCGUUUAGCUCAUGGCCUUCGCUCCAGCAACAUCAGCGUAUUGGAUGCCAAAACUUUCUAUAUCCCCAAUCUGCAUUACGAUGGCGCUGGACCGGAUGCUUACUUUUGGGUGGGCAACGGAAGUGAACCGAACAUCAUGGGUGUUAAGGUGCCCAACGAAAUGGGAUCUUUGGAACCCUUACGUGGCUACCAAGGCGAAGACAUCGAGAUUCAGUUGCCUGGUGGAUUGACCGUCUACGACAUUGACUGGCUAGCCGUUUGGUGUGUGGAGUACAGACACAAUUUUGGCCACGUGUAUAUACCCAGAGACCUGGACGUCCCUCCGGCUUUGGGCCAGACCAAGAUCACGCCUCCAUGGUGGUAUUCACCCACAACCACGACGCCGCGGCCGGUGUACAGUAAUUGCCGGGAGAUCCUGCCGAAUAGGCUUCAGGUGAAGUGGGAGCUCCAGGGUGAAUAUAUUCAGAUCGAGCUCUUUGGCCAAAUCACCGAGGAUCAGUACAUGGCCUUUGGACUAUCCGGUGCCAAUGGACGGCCGCAAAUGGCCCAAUCCGAUGUGGUUGUGGCCUUUUACGACACCAACGCCCGUGUUUUCCGAGCAGAGGAUUACUUCAUUUCUGAUUUGUCCCAGUGCGACGGGCAGCGAGGUGCCUGUCCAGAUGAAAGGCUAGGAGCUCGUAAUGAUGUUGUUGUGGUGAGCGGUGACCGGAAGAACGGGGUAACUACCAUCCGCUAUAAGCGACUCCUGCAAACCAACGAAGCUCUGUACGACACUGCUAUCCCCAUUGAUCGAGAGGUUUCAGUCAUCGCAGCCAUUGGACCCCUGAAUGCCCGAAAGGAGGCGAAUGCCCACUCCCACACCGCCAGCGAUCAUAACCAGGACGACAUUCGUAUUAACUUUGGAGCAAGAAACGACCACGCCUGCAAGAGCUCGCUGUACGAUGUCAAGGACGAGAGCGGACCCAGGCCAUGGCCCACGAGGAAGAUCGAAGGUGUCAGGAAGUUCCGUGCCAGCAUUGGACCCACGGGAGGCAAACGAGGCUACACGGCCAUAACUGGGGGACCCUCGUGGGGCAUUGCUUGGUAUGUGAACGAUUUGCUGAUUCCUGAAAUCACAGUGGAACGUGGCCUGAGCUAUGAGUUUAUCGUCGAGGGCGGCAACGAUCCGUCUCAGCCAGCAAGAUAUCAUCCAUUCUAUAUUACGGAUUCGCCUGAAGGUGGACUGGGCCAGAAAAUGGGUCUAGAGGCCCGCAAGCAAAAGGCCUAUGCUGGUGUGGAGUACGAUGAAGAUGGCGAUGCCAUACCCACAGCAGGUAAGCUUAAUAGUUAUACAAUAAUUGCAAAGGACUACAAAUGAAAAUUAUUUCCAGCUGGUCGGUAUUGCGAGUGGGAACACCAGACCAUAGAUAGGUCGGCGGAAAUCGAGACCUUCGAAGAGUAUGUAAAGACCCUGGUAUAUAGGUGCGCUGAAGGAGAGCCUGGUUAUCUGAAUUGGACAGUUCCAAUGAAUGCUCCGGACGAGCUUUACUAUCAGUGCUUCACCCACAACAACCUUGGCUGGAAAAUAAAGGUGGUGAACAUGGGAGCAUCCAGGGGAGCACACAUUGGCAGUAGCCAUCUCUCCUUGUAUGGAAUUAUGACAGUUAUUAGCCUGGUUGCGACACGCCUUCUUUUCAGAGGCUCUGUGCUUGCCUGAUAGUGCCCUAGCCUUGCCCAGUAAAUCGGUUUACCAUUUAGUCUAACCUCCAAAACCAUAGGCAGACAAUGCUCCAACCUUUGGAACACAUAUCUUAAUUCUCACAUAUCUCUUCCGAAAACUAUAUAUACUGUUCAUAUCCGAUUAUUUUUCACUACGAAAACUUUUGAAUGGACAUUGUCUGUCAUGGGUUUUGAGCCACUCGGCGGCUUUCACAACCAGGCUAAUAUCAUCUGACAAACAUAUCUUGACAAUAAUUCGUAAGAUGUAAAACUGUUGAAAUUGUGUGUGCAUGCGUGAGAGUGCCCACUGUACUAGUGAAGUGGGCGAAGAAUGGAUGUUGGCCGCAGCCGAGACUGAAUCGGUUGGCGGCCCUAGACUCUGAAAAUAAGUUGGAGGGGCAGCGAGAUCUUUUUGUAAAUUUACGAGUAUGGAAUUCUACUUUUUUACAUGUAUACUUAUUAAAUUUACUUAUACAUCUACAUUUCUAGUACAGUAAAAUGUAAUUUUUCUAGCAGCUAGAUACUGAAACAUAAAGAAUCAAAAGUGUUUGCUAAGCGGUUCCAUGUACGCCGACAAUUAGAAACAGUGACAUUGUGACAAUAAACGAACAAUGAUAAUAAUGGUGUGGCUACACACACACGAGAAUUUUCAGAAAUAAACAUUUAUUUAGAUGGGCCUCGAGGUCCUGAAACAUUGUACAAUAAGAAACUUAGGAGUGUAGGAAGGCAUAAACAAAUGCAAUUUGUAAGACAAUAAAAUCUGCAAAUAUGUGAGUUUUGAGAACAUUAUGACGACAAUACAAUAAUUUUAAAGAAUUUGAAUGUACUAAUAAAAUAAAGAUAAAACACUA